AUGAGGGAUUGUGGGGAGACCGGACAAAGAUAUGGCCGAUACAGACAGUACAGCCUAGACGAACGUACCAAUAUCUCUUUAGCCGGUGUCCUAGAAGACGAUGACAUCACAUCCGAUUCUUCCGAAGAAAACACCAUUGCCCCAAAACUCCUUCCAGUAUUUCACAGCGUCGCUGUACCACCCAGUCCGUCUACACAUAGGGCUCCAUCUGCUGCAAACUCACUCCCUGACACCGGGGAGGGCGGCGAAUCUUCUACCCAAGGAGCCAAACCCGUGUCAAAUAAGAGAAGUCGCAAGGGGGAAAAGCCGUUUUCGUGUUCAGAGUGUGGGAAAUGUUUCCCCCGGAGAAGCCACCUGCUUUCUCAUCAGAUGAGUCACACGGGAGAGAAGCCAUUUUCAUGUCCGGAAUGUGAGAAAUGCUUUUCCUAUAGAUCCGGUCUUCUUCUGCACCGCAGGACUCACAUAGAGGUGAAGCCUUAUUCGUGUUCCGUGUGCGGGAGGGCUUUUACCCGCAGGUGGAUUCUUCUUGAACAUGAGAACACCCACACAGGCGUGAAGCCUUAUUCCUGUACUGAAUGCGGAAAGUCUUUCUCUCAGAAACAACGGCUGACUUGGCACCAGGGAACUCACUCGUCCGAAAAGCCUUUCCCGUGUGCUGAAUGUGGAAAACGUUUCACCCACAGAGCACUUCUUGCUACCCAUCAGAGGACUCACACCGGGGCGAAACCUUAUUCAUGCGCUGAGUGCGGGAAGUGUUUCCCUUCUAAGCAUCACCUAGUUCUUCACCAGCGAGCUCACACGGGAGAGAAGCCGUUUUCAUGUUCAGAGUGUGGAAAAUCCUAUAUCAAGAGAGGAGACCUCACUUGCCAUCAAAUGACUCACACAGGGGAGAAGCCUUAUUCGUGCUCGGAAUGCGGGAAAAGUUUUGCCAAGAGGUCACAUCUUGUUAAUCACCAGAGAACUCACACCGGCGUAAAGCCUUACUCGUGCUCCGAAUGUGGGAAAUGUUUCGCUAAAAAGUCCUAUCUUACCGUCCACCAGACAACGCACACAGGGGUGAAGCCGUUCUCUUGUUCCGAAUGCGGCGAGAGUUUUUUCUGGAAAAUCUCUCUCACCAGACACGAAAAAGUCCAUACGGGGCAAGAGUUGCACUCCUGUUCAGAGUGCGGAAAAUGUUUCACCGACCGAUCCAUUCUCAUUGAGCAUCAAAGAAUCCACACGGGGGAAAAGCCCUAUUCCUGUUCGGAAUGCGGGAAGUGUUUCUCUCGGUGCUCCAGUCUUAUCGUACAUCAGAGGACUCACACGGGCGAGAAGCCUUAUGCGUGUUCUGAGUGCGGGAAAUGCUUUGCGUCGAGAAUGUAUCUGACUAAACAUCAACGAACCCACUCGGGGGUGAAGCCAUUUUCCUGUUCCAAGUGCAGUAAAAGUUUCCACUUUAAGUCGUAUCUCAACAGACAUGAAAAAGUUCACGCGGAACAAUCAUGAACU